AUGGCUGCAGCCGUAGCAGGAGUGAACAUCGCCGCCGUGAAGGUCUUCGGUAGGGCGUCGGAGCCGUCGCCGAAAUCCGCGAGCUUCUCGCAGCUGAACAGCCCGUGGAGGCGGGCAUCGAGGAGGAGGAUGUGCGUGGCGGCGGCGGCACCCGACAAGCUGACGGGCAAGGUGGAGGAGAGCAUCAAGGCCGCGGAGGAGGCGUGCGCGGGGGACGCGGUGAGCGGGGAGUGCGCGGCGGCGUGGGACGAGGUGGAGGAGCUGAGCGCGGCGGCGAGCCACGCCAGGGACAAGCAGAAGGACGCCGACCCCUUGGAGACCUACUGCAAGGACAACCCCGAGACCGACGAGUGCCGCACUUACGAUAAUUGAUCAUUCUUCCAUUAUUAUCAUGUGGAUUUUAAUUAAAUGUUUUCGGAUUUUUUAAGGUUUUUCUCGAUGUCGACAUGAUAUGAUGUGUUGUUAGAAGGUUUAAAGUGUUAGUUAAUGACAUUACACUUCGUUGUAUGGUCAAGAAAAAUGGUUGGUUGUUGAUUGGGAAUUAUACGAUACAAUAUUGAAACGUGUAUAAGAUGUUUAUGAGCGUUUAGAUACAA